CGCUGUCAAGAACCAACACGCGCAGUGUUUUCCAUCCCAAAGCGGCUUCACGAAAAGCGGCGAGCGAGGGAAGAAGCGGAUGGGCACGGGCGGUACCUGCUCCCAAAGCGGCGCGCAGGUUUCAGGACGAGCCCGCUCACAUCAGCGAGACACCAAAGCGGCCACAGCCACCCUUGUGGGCAAGAUUUGCAUAGGCGCUCUCUCCGCCAGCGCGGAGGGGAAAUGCCGCACGAAAAAUGCCGACGUGGGCAGAGAUCUUGGGAAAGCGGCCCGAUUUUGGCCGCCCCGAGCCGCUCUAAAGCCCCUCCCGGCAUCGCUUCCGUCCGGCUGGGGCAUCCCCGGCAGCGGCGGAGCCGGGGUGGCCUCGGGCCAGCCCCGAUCCCAGUGCCGGCAGUUCCCGUCCCUCCGCAGCUGCGCCCGCCCAGUUCCAUCGCUCGGCUGCAGCGCCCGAGGAACCAGGAGGGACCCCCGUGAGCACUUACCUGCAUCCCUGAACUUCUCCCGGCUCACAUCGCUCGGCUGCAGCGCCCGAGGAAUCAGGAGCGAUCACCGUGAAUCCCUCCCCGCAUCCCUGCGCUUCUCCCGGCUCACAUCGCUCGGCUGCAGCGCCCGAGGARCCAGGAGGGACCCCCGUGAGCCACCUCUGCUCCYUCACCACAUCCCUGCGGCUCCUCACGGACCUGUAGCUGAACCUUCCCCAGAGUGCUUUCUGGCAAGAGCGAGCAGAAGUGAACAGGAUUUAGCAAAGGUGAAAAAKGCUCUCCUUCUGUAA